AUGUCGGACGAUGAGGACGACGCGCAGGGGCUGACGAUCGACGAGAAUCCGCCGGAGGACUUCGGAAGGGAGACGCCCGUCUAUUCGGCGCCCUCUUCCUCUUUCUCGGCGCCCAAAAAUAGGGAAAAAACGCCGGAAAAGGUGGAGGAAAUCGAGGAGAAAGGUAGGCUUUUCACAAACUUUUUCUUUUUAUGGGUGUUUCAAAUUUUCGUAAAAGUGAUGAACUUUUAGAGCCAGAAACAGAAGAAAAUGAGAUAAAAGAAGACGGAGAAUUGGAUGAAGACGAAGAAGAGCCGAUGGAGAUAAACGAGCAGGAGGAGCCAGAAAAACCGGCUGAAAAGUGUGAGUUUACAGCACAAUAAAGAAUAUGUAAAAUUCUUAAUUUUCAGCCGAAACAUUGUCUCAAGAAGCUGAAAAAAUGGAGGAAAAUGAAGAAGAGGAAGAAGAAGAAAAACAGGAAGAAUCUGCGACUCCGCCUCCAGAAUCCUCGUCUUCUUCGUCGGAAAAAUCGGAAAAAUCGACGACGAAAAAAGAGAAUGGAGGAAUGAAACCGCCGCAGAGCACGGAGAAAACCAGAAAACGAAAAGGUAGCGAUUUCCGGGUAAAUUCACUCAAAAAAUGUGUCUUUUGGCCAAAAAACUGAAAAGAAACCAUAAAAGCCGGUUUCAAAAUUAAAUUUUUUAAAUUAGGCAUCGAAGAAAGUUAAUUUCAAAAUAACUGCUAUUUGCCCUUCAACUGUUGAACAGGUUUGCACGCUUUAUGAAAAUUUAACAAAAAGGGUACAAAAUGAAUAAUUAAAGCAAAAAAUGAGAAGAAACGAAGCAAAAUGAGCGAUACACGCGCGAAAACAAACGAAAAGAAAAACGCGUUCAAAGCGCGUUUCGUUGCGAGACCCGCACAAAAAUUUUGCUGUGCGCCUUUAAAGAAUACGUUAUUUUUACGAGGUUAGAAACGUCGAACGAGAACUGUCCCGAAUCAGAACCCGUCACAACAUGACCUUUCGUGACAAGAGCCACCUGCAGAGAGGUUCCGAUUCGGGACAGUUCUGGCUCGGGGUAGCCUCAUUUUUACUUUUAUUGUAAAACUUUAAUGAAAAAAACCAGGACUGGGCAAUUAGCCAAUAGUCCACAUAUUUCGUAACCAGAUGAUCCGAUCGGGCUGAAACUUGGUCACAACCCUCAAUCCAAGUUCAAAAAUCCUGCAAAGUUUGGGUCCGAUCGGGAUGUUGCAAGUAGUUCAAAAGUCCAGGUCAAAGUUCAAUUAUAUCUUAAUCAAAAAAAUCAAAGUAACAAUUUGUUUCAAACAAAUUUAUGAAACAGAAAAAAAAUGUUGCAGAAUCGAUGGAAAAUGCGGGCGAAAAGCGUAAAUCGGGUGCGGAAACGAACAGCUCGUCGGACACUCCGUCGAAUGCGUCGACUCCGCAACGGUCGAAACGCGCGAGCUCGCACAUGGCCACAGUCGCCAUUUCGGCGUGCUUCAACGAGGAAGACAUCGUCUCCGUGCCGAUGAUGCCGAUUCAGAGGACGCCCGACACGACGCCGCACUCGAAACGCGCCAAAUUGAGCACUGCCGGAGCGUCGGCAGCUCCCGCAACAGCAGUUGUGAAGGAGAAGGAGAUCACGCAGGUGGGCAGGACAUUCUUUAAGGGACAAACACGCUCUGUUGCAAAUCUGUGGCCGAACGUUUCCAUUUCUCCGCACCAUUAAAAUUUUUCCUCAAAUUGCAAUGUUUCAGCGCGACGCGACAACAAACGUAAUAACGACGAAAAGCGUGGACACUUCCGGCCUUUUCGGCAACGAAUCGGUGAUGGAGGCGCCGCCGGGCAGCCAGCUGAUGCUCGAAGUGACCGUUAUGUACAGGACGAAGACGUCCGUGGCGUUCAGUGUGAAAGGAACCGAUCUGGUGGGGUUCCUCGGCGACGGACUGCCUCCGAUCGCCAAUUCGGCCGCCGCGGGAGUGAACAAUAACAAGAAGAAGGCGAUGAACGAUGCGGACAAUAAAGACGGGUCCGUUUUACGGUAAAAUUAUUCGAGAAAGUAUGAGAAAAACAGAUAUUCAGUUACAGCACUUUUAAAAAGCUAGGGUUUCUUUUAUUAAAGGUGUCGUGCACUAAAAAAGCAACAUAUUCUUAAAGUGAACUUCAAAAGGAGGGAUUCAUGUUCCCAAAGUCUAUAAUUUUACUAAAUUUUCCAAAAAAAGAAAGGAGACGACGAGAAGCAUAAACGGAUUGGAAAAAUCGGUCAUUUUUCCCUAAAAUGUUUUUCUAAAUUGCAGACGGUCGAGCUCGGCGAGUUCGAACGGAAGAUCGACACGUGGCGGAUCUGUGGCCCGAGAGACUCCGUCGAAAAGCGAAAAAGGACCAAAAGAGGGGAAAGGGAAGCGAAAGAAAGAAGAAGUGGAAGUGGAGGAGAUGGAAGAGGAAAACCAGCAGGUGGCCGAGGUUUACGGCAACCAGAAGUGCGAACUCCUCGAAAUCGAGUUGUGAGUUUUACAAUAUUCAAUCAAAUAUCUGCAGAAAAAGCAUUAAUUGUUUUCCCUUUCAUCAGUAUUUUUCGAAAGAGCGAAAAAAAUAAAGUAUUCAAGAAUUUGUUGCAGGGCGCAAAUGCACGAUUGCCACUUCGAAGAGUGCGAAAAACGCUUCCACAAAUCGUCGGAACUCGAGUAUCACAUUGCGAAAAACCACAAGAAUCGGGUGACAAUGUUCGAAUCGAUGUGCUCGCAAACGGACGAUUCGCUGCUGGACAGACGCUCCGUCGCCACGGAGAUCGACGACGAACUCGGUCCCGGACCGCCCAUGCCCGUCCUCAAAAAGGAGUCGCCCAUCAAGGUAUUUCGCUAUUUCCUAUAUAUAUUUUUGUGGUGUUGUGCACGCGUGGGAAUUUUAAAAAAUUGACGAAUUAAUUGAAAAUUCAACAAAUAGCAAUUUUGAAACUGGAGAAAAACAUUAUUUUCUUUCAAUUUUCAUAUCACAAGACAUUUUUUGCAGAUAAUGGGACCCGGCGGGCAGGUUUACGAGGAUCUCUCGGACGACGAUGUGGACCAGAAACCGCUGGACCUGCUGAAGGCGGUCUCGACGGGCGGAUCCUCCUCGGCCCCGGUCGGAUCCUCGGCCACGGCCGCCCUCAUGAACAUUGUGCAGGCGUCGACGAGUGCUCCGAUCCCGAUCCUCGGGGCGCCACAGAUGCGGUCCGCGAAUUCCACGCCCGCCGCGAAGAUCGGAAUAAAUCCGGCGAUGAUUGCACAAGUGAACGCGCAGAAACACGUAGACAACAAACAGAAGAGCGCUUUUGUGACACACUCCCCAAGGGGUUCGUUUUUUUUUAUUUAAAAAUGGUAUUUGUUUUAACUAAAGAGAAAAACUAUAUAAAGGCUGGAAAUAAGGAUCAAAACCAUCAAACCCGUCUAAAAGUCGGAUUUUUGCACAGGUCCGAAAAUGAACUUUUCUGUUUCAGAAUUAGAGUUAAAAGUUUUCAGUAAAGGCAAAAAACUUAAAAUAUCUACCGUGCUCAGGACAGGGACCAUGGAGCCGGAAAUAUGAUCAUUUUAAAAAAUCAGUGAAGCUAUAAUAUGAGACAAAUCGAAACAUUCUGAAAUCUGCCGGGUAGUCGACCUUUGUCGAGUCUUACAGAAAACUCAACUUACUUUCUGAACAUUUCCAACUUUUAUCAAUUACAAGACGUUUGGAUUGAAUAUUCUAUUUGCAGGCUCGCAACCGAGUUCCUCCUCCUCCUCGUCGACGCCGUCUUCGCAACCGACGGCGGUCAUUCAGGGCCAUCCGAUGCCGCAGUUCCUGCCGCCCGCCGGAUUCGCCCAUCCCUCGCUGAUGCACCAGUCCCAGAUGGCCGCAUUGGCUGCGAUGGACCCCCGCAUGGUGGCGAGUCUCAGUCAGCAACAGCAGCAAAUGACGCGCACGUCGUCGCGGGCACAACUCAACGACUCGCACAAGAUCCACGAGUUGGCGAAGGCGAAGGAAAAUGCGGAACGGCAGAGACAGAACACUCCGAAGACGCCGUCAGGGGGCAAUUCGGGGACGCACACUCCGCAGAGACAGUUCCUGCCGCCGCACUUGAUGCACACCCCUGGUCAGAGACUUCUUCACACAUACACUCAACUCAUCGCUGUUGCCCCUCGGUGUUUGCGCAUAAUUUCAGUGAUUUUGGUCGGCAGAGUCUGUAAACAUCGUCGGGCAAUAGCGAUGAAUUGAGUUGUUUCUGUCAGAUUUUUUCAGUUUUAACCAGAACAGAGUGUAAGUGUAAGACAUUUAGAAAACGUUCGCCGAUCUGAUACAAACUUUGCAAGAUCUAAAGUCUUUGCAUAGGCGCUUAGGCCCCAGAUCAGUAUAUCUCUAGUGCCAAUUGUCUGAUCGGUCGGGCUAGUGAGACUUGGAUACGAAAUCUGCAAAGCUUGAGUCAGAUCGGAUUAUUGCAAGUGGGUCCCUUUUGGGAACAUGCUCAAGAACACGGACAAAAUUAAAACGGAGUUUAAAGGCCUAUGCAUUUUUCUUCAAUUUUCAGGCACGCCUCAAUCGAUGCAACAGCAGCAGCAAGCAGCGGCCGCCCAUCAAAUAAUGCAGAUGCAAAUGCAAAUGGCCGCCGCGCAGGGAAGAAUGGUUCGUUUGCUUCACUGUUUCUAGACAAAACAUUCAUCUUGUCUGAUUUUGCCAUCAUUUCUCACCUGAAAUUCGACUUUCUUGCAGAUGCCCGCACAACCGGAUUUAAUGAUGAUGCUGAUGGGCAUGAAUCAGUUCCAAAUGCCGCCCGGAUCGGCCGCGCCGCCCGGAUUUCCGCCCCUACAGCAGCAACCGCCAAAAUAA